AGUUUCCUGUUUCUUUUAUUAAGAACGCUCAUGCUUUGCCUGGAACCCUAGCAUUCCCCUCUUCCCCUUCAGCUUUAGCUCUCGCUCGAAGUCUGAGUUCUCUUUUGAUUGAUCAGUGAGAAGAUGACACUAUCUGAAGAAGAGCUCAAAAGGCUUUUCAGGGUCCGUAAGACACUGAUGCAGAUGCUGAAGGAUCGUGAUUACUUUGUUACAGAUUCUGAAAUCGGGAUGACCAAGGGACAAUUCAUUAUGAAAUAUGGCGAGAACAUGAAAAGAGAGGACCUUGAUGUUCAGAAGGCAAAGAGAAACGAUAGCUCCGAUCAGAUCUAUAUUUUCUUCCCCGAGGAAGCAAAGGUGGGAGUUAAGACGAUGAAAACAUACACCAACCGCAUGAAAUCCGAAAAUGUUUCCCGUGCAAUUUUGGUGGUGCAGCAAAACUUGACCCCUUUUGCCCGUACUGUCAUUAAUGAGAUUUCCUCCAAGUUUCACUUGGAAGUUUUCCAGGAGGCAGAAUUGCUGGUGAACAUAAAAGAACAUGUUCUUGUCCCUGUCCAUCAAGUGCUUGCAUCCGAGGAGAAAAGAACUUUGUUGGAACGAUACACCGUUAAGGAGACACAGCUUCCGCGUAUACAGGUAACGGAUCCGGUAGCGAGAUACUUUGGGCUAAAACGAGGACAAGUCGUGAAGAUUAUACGUCCUAGCGAAACUGCCGGUCGUUAUGUCACGUACCGAUACGUUGUGUGAUAACUCUUUUAGUUUCCGAUGUCUUGUUUAGGGCAAAUAUCUUCAAGAACUGAGAGUUUGUAACUGAAUGUUUCCAUGGAAACGGAAACAGAGACAGCUUUUCUCUUGACUAAGACAGCAAAUGCUACAUAGAUGUACAACCUCGUUCACAUAAUCUUUCCAAAUUUUUUUUUAAA